AUGGCCUUCAAUGAUCCACCCGGAGAGAUGCUCCACAUUGUCUUGAGCCUUCUGCGGGCUCGUCUCGUUGACGUUGACCGUUUGGUUAGCGUGGCGGGGUCGAUGACCGCGCUCAAUCUACUCACAGCUGUGAAUCCCAGGCGUCUACACUUCUUUGACAUGAAUCCUUGUGCAAUCUUGUGGGGCAAGAUGCUUUGUGAGCUUAUCUUGCUUUCGAGCACACCACAAGAGUUCAUUUCCCGACUCUUUGCACGAAGCGUGGCCGAAUUCGAGUGCGAUGCUGGCCAGCUGACUUUCCGAAACCAGGAGAAGUUUCUCUUGCGCCCAGUGUCGGCAGCUAUGCGAGAAGAGACCCGGCAAGCUCUGUCGGAUGAGGCAGCCUCUGUCUACUUGCACAUAUUGUCCGGGUAUCAGGAUGGAGCGGUGCGGGACGGUUGGAACACGCCGAGAAUUGUGCCGUGCGAAGACCGGCGGCGGCUGCGCCACUCCACGCGAUGUGCAGAUGCGCUUGAACUGGUUGAUGAUCUUGAGCAUCUUUCAUUUCCCAACGACAUCUGCCCGACGGGAUAUCGAGGUGAUGGGAUCGCUUCCUUCCACUAUGGAGAGGGCUGGCUCGCGUCCUCCUGGCUCUACGCGGAGGUGCGGAGGAAGCUGCAGGAGACCCAACCGACCUGGUCGAGCCAAGUAGAUUUCCCGGCCGCCGGGCCUGAAGACUUGCUCCCGGACCUUGCUGGUGCCUGCGAAUCCCCAAUCACCCUUCUGAGCCUCGACUUCAAGCAGGUAGCCUGA